UAAGGUCUAAGGUACAUAUAUAAAAAUCCCGACAUCUUUCAAUUGUAUUUUAAAACAUAAAAACCAUUAAACUUGAAACAUCAUGUACUUUAUAAUAUUAUUGAUGUGUUGUUCUGAUAUAAAUGGUGCCUUAAUUUCUUCUUCUACUGAAGUGAUACAAGAUACGAGUAGUGAUGAUAGCAUUUAUAGCAAAUUGUUGACAAAAAAUCGCAUAAUAGAAGAUGAAGCUUCAGUAUAUACAGAUAAAGUACCUGAUUAUGGUUCAAUAUUAUCAAAUUAUGGUUCACAUUAUAUGGGGAAUCCGCAGUAUCUUAAAGACUUCAGAAAUGCCCGGCAUGGAAACUACAAGAAUUCACCUAUAAUAACUCCUAAACAUGUAGGAGAUGAUUUACAUCAUUACAGUAAUGUAUUCUAUGAUGACGGUUCAUAUAUGCCUCAUUUAGUUAUUCAAAAAUACUAA